AGUAAGACAAGAUGUGCAUCAGUUUUAAAAAGAGGCAGUUUUAAACAGGGAAAGAUGCGUUAGCUGUACAAUUGCAGCAACGGUGCAUUAAGCAGUCUUGUUUAAGAUGACCUCUUGGUUUGGGCAGAGCUACUCUUGCACAUAACAGUUUUGCAGAUUAUACCUGUUAAUGAAAUGUGACCCUAAUUUCCGUAGAAGACCAGACCAAAAGUUAGUACCAUUUUUCUUGAUAGUAAAUGAAAUAAUUCUAAUCACAUCAUAUUUUUUUUCAAGAAACAAAAGGGUAAGUGAUCAAAGCAUGUAGCUUGUGCCAGUAACCUUGUAGAUCUGCUUCUAACCCUGACAGAGAUUUCUUUCCUAGUUUUGGGGAAGUAACUUAUGUCUUUGCAAUUUACUUUCCUCAAAUAUAUCAGAGCUACUAGGUUUGCUGCAAUCUUAGUAUUGUCUAUAUGUGUUACAUACUUAAAAAAGUAAAAAAUUAGACUGGUAUUUAUUGUCUGGUAUAAUGAAAAACUUAAGAGGUAACAGGCAGAAGAACUGUGGAUGUUUUUAAAUUUUCUCCUUUUGCAGUUUCAUUGAAGCACUGGCUUAACUCCAUUUUCAUCCACAUGUGCAGAUCCAUUCUUCCACGAGAAGAUGGUUUUGGUCUGCCAUCUGCUCAUUUGGAAAUGCUUACGUGAUUCAGGAUUCUUUGCCAAAGUUCUAAGAGUUCCAAGAGUUUCUUGGAACUCCAGUCAUGUGGCAGUAUUACCUAACAGUGGAAAGCAGCAAAUGCUUCCUCUCUUGAGAAUUCCAGGAAAAAGGGAAAUGAAGAAUUUUUUUUUUUUUUAUGCCAGAGCAGUUGGCUCCUUUUUUCUGAGCAGCAGCAAAGGGGCUUGUGUUCUUUUUAAAAAUAUGUAUUACUGUGCUUAGUCACAUUUCAUCUAUUCUCAGAAUAUGAAAAAAACUCAACUCUUGAGUAAUAGUUUUGUCAAGCUCUUAUGAGGAAUUUGUCUUUCAGGUUUGUUCUUUAUUACUCGAUGAGCAGUGACUGCCCCAGAGAAGGUCACAGAAGAGUCUCCAUUCUGAUCUUCUAUUUUGACUAACAAUGUCCUUAUCCUUUAACUUCUAAGAUGGAUAUUUGCAAUCAGACAGACAGACUCACCUCUGUCAGACACAUAAUUGCAGCACAGUUUUUCCUACUGUACCUGACCAUCGUCAGUAAUGGCAAGGCUCCCAAGUGCUACACCAUAUACCCUGUGGAUCCUUUUCUUUUCAUAUACAACAAAUGAAGUUCUGACUGCAGGACACAUACACGAAUUUGCAUGCUUCACUGACUAUGACAAAGAGCUGGUUUGUCACUGGAAGGUGCCUGCACAAACCAAUUGCUCCAAAGAAUUCGUGCUCUACUACAGCAAGGAAACUUCUUCUGUGUUAAACAAGUGUGUUCCUGAGAAUGAAAAAGACAGUUUAAGGUGCACUUGUACAAUAUAUCCAGAAUAUUUUGUAUUAGGCCUCACAUAUAUUCUAGCCCUGCAAUUCAAUGGCACUGAUUCGUGGAAUUACAAUGUUACACCAGCCCUUGUUGUUAAGCCAAGAGCCCCCAAAAAUCUUGCCAUUGAGAAAGCUGAAAAUGGUAAUUUCAAUCUGAGUUGGGAGGAGAGCUACUCUCAUCCAUCUUUUCUCUCUGGACCAGUUAUCUACGAGGUGAAAUACUGGAGGAAGCAUCACCCGACAGAGGUUUCUGUAAAAGCAAUUAACUACCAAGCAAAAAGCUUUGAGAUUACUGCAAGCUCCUUGAAGAGGGGCUAUGAUUAUGUUGCAAGUCUCAGGUGUAACUACGUGUACUACCCCGCCUACUGGAGUGAAUGGAGUGAAGAAGUUGAAUUUCGCUAUGAUUACCCGGUGAAGGCUGAAGACAUUUUGCAGAUGGCUGUGCCCACAUCCUGCAUACUGAUCAUGGCAGGAUCUAUAAUUUGUUACUUCUGUUUCACCAAAGUGAAGAAAGAAUGGUGGGAUCAAAUCCCAAAUCCAGCAAAGAGCCAAUCGGUUGUAAAAAAUGUCAAGUUUUCAGUUUUGUACUAUUUUGAUGAAAUGAAGUUCCCGUUCCAGGACUUAAAGCAGAGUCACAUGGAACAACAAAUAAGUUGCAAGAACUGUCUGGCUCGAAGUUUGUCAAGCCAAAACUUCAAGAGAAAAGAUAACAUCAGAAAUGUUGAGAAAUCUUGCAGUUGCCACAGCAAGUCUGAAGAGUGGUUGCCAAAAGGCAGCAGUGCAGUUUUAACCCCUGAUACAAUACCGGUUGAAGAGUGUAUAGAAAUCUGUGUCUGUUUAACAGACAGUGAAACUGAGAGCCAAGAAGAAACUGGCAACCAGAUCACCAUGUUUGAGCCGUGUGAGAGCAGCAUGGGUGCUUUCAGAGAGCACCCUGAACACAAUGAGUUACUAGCUAACAUGUUUGAUGCACUCCUGGCAAAUGAAAAUAACAUGCAAGAAAAUAAAGGCCCAAACAUCCCCACAUCUGAGAGGAAAACCUUAGAGAGCAUUGGGUCAGAAAAUCCAUCACAGCAAAAUCCAAAAGAAACUACAGCCCAGAGUCCACAACCGUGUGCUAUUUCUCAUACAGCUCCCCUUUUCACCAAAGCCUCUCAAGAUGACUACAAUUGUAGUACAGCCAGCAAAGAGUCAGAGCUAUCAGAAGAAUCCUUUGAAUCUGGCUAUCGGAGCUCCAGCAUAAAUUCUGCUUCUCUGGAUGCAAGAGAUCUUCAACAAAUGGUUCAUCAAAGCCAUUUUCUGUGUCGUUCUGAAAGUGAGCUUGACUCUUGUGUCCUGACCCAGGAAUCUACAAAUAAAUCAUUGUUUGGAACCAAAACAGACAGAAUAAACAGCCCUGCAGACAAGAGUUUUGAUACCCUUGUGUCUGCAUCCAUGGGGUUGUGUAGUUCUGCCUACAAGAGCUGCGACACCCUUUUGUCUCCAUCCCUGGAACCCUGUGGCUCUGCCUACAGGAGCUUUAAUGUGCUUGUGUCUGCAUGCAAGGAACCCAGCAGCUCUGCAUACAAGAGCUUCAGUGCCCUCAUGUCUCAGUCAAUGGCUAACAGUAGCCUGACUCUGGGCUUUGAAAGUGUGCCUUCCUCAUCGCCUUUGAGACAGCUGUCAGAGAUGCCCGAAUGCAGCUGCAGAGAUCAAAGUGCUCAGCCUGCUAGCAAUCAGAUGUGUUAUAACAGCUACAGAUCUCCCAGCACUGAGCUUGAUUUUCCAAACACCUGUUCAGAACAUACUGAUUUUCCGUCUUUCUCCACACAUGCAAAUGAAGGUCCUUCAGCUUUUCUUUCAGAGAAAGAAAUGCAUAAGCAAGUAAUAUAUCAAAAUGUUCAAAGGAAAGCCAAUAUAAUUUCUUGCUCCACUGCACCUCAGCCAUCUGGCUAUCAGCCUUUUGGUAGUGCAGGUAAAUGUAAUGGUCUGUACUGGGACAGUGGCAAUGAGGUUAUGUCUACGUCACUAUAUGAAUCCUUCCUUAAUCUGUGCAACAACCCGAGUGAAGCACCUUCAGAUACUGCAAUCUAUGAAUCUGACCCAAGGAUAAAGGACGGUGUGUGUUUGACUGUUCAGGGUUCUGACUGCCCCAUUGUCCCAGGUUUAGCUUCUAGUGAGAAUGACACACAGACUAGUGAUGGCAGCCCUUGGAUCAACAGCACUAAUGAACUGUAUGGUGAUAGCAAUGAUGGAAAUACCAGCAGAGAUGAACAGCUGUUGCAUUUGUUAGAGAUGAAAUGUCAAGAUUUAAACAGCAGAGAAAGAGCUACAAAGGCAACAAAAUGGAAAAGCUUUAACUCUACUGGUAAAGUAAUGCAAGAGGGUGGUGAUAGCAGACUAAAAUACUGACUUCCACUGCCACUCACACAACCACUUGAGGGAACUUGGAGAUGCAGGGGGAAGUGAAGAGGUGCUGAAGCAUGCAGACGGGGGUGGGGGGUGUGGCUCAGCAGUCAGUUUACCAGCAUCACUGAACAGUAUUGGGCUAAACUUAGACAGAAAAACUGCAGAGGCCCUGGAGCUCCAUAGCUCAGACAAGGUGCUACCUUGUAAUUUUGUGAGUAACUCCUAUCCUUCUGACUCUCACACCAUUCACAGUGAGGACUCCAUACUGGCAUUUGUAGUUAAAAAAAAGACCAGUAGAACUAUUAAUGGAAAACAGCAGGAAAAAUGAGAAAAAAAUGAAACUUUUGUGCGAACUCUUGCCCAAGAAGACAACUGCUAUAUGGAGGUAGCCUAGCCACAUUUGCCAGGACUGAAUUAGUCUUUGGAAAUAAACUGUAUGGCAAGUUGAA